AUGCCAUUGGAUUCGGUUACUCUUCAUUCACAAUUUGACGGUGCUCAGACCUCUCUAAUAUGUCGCCGAAACCAGGUUUCUGGAUUGCAGGAUUCUAUCAGUAUAGAAAAUGAAUUAUCUGCGGCAGCGGCUCAUUUGUCUUUAGAUUCUCCAAAAUUGCCACCUAAAGAUUUUGCUUCACCAGGGUCUUCUCAAUAUGAUCAUAAGAAUGAUGUACAGCAAAAAAAAAUUCGGUCACAGACACAAAAUAGUCCAGCUAAGCUUGUUAUUAAACACUAUAAGCCAAAUGGUGCAUCAGCACUAGAAGCCAGCCUUAUGGACCCGACAGUCUCAAAAUAUUCAUUUACCGAGUGUUCAUAUCUGUCCAACUCCAGAUAUAACUUUGAAAGACACCUGGAAAGACACUCGAAUAAUCCAAGCAGAUCUCUUUGUCAUGUGUGUCCAAAGGCAUAUCACCAACACCCACCUGAAAUAGUUUAUUUAACCCAUGUAUUCCAAUUAUGGCCACAUCUAUGUAUUGUAUUAUUUUUCAUUUAUGUUUUCUUUUGUACCUUGAACAGUCGACCAAUAAUUGGCACAAAACAGAACCAAGAGGGAGUAUGUGCUACGUUUACUAUGCAUUAUGUAUUAUGCAUGCUUUACUUUAUUUUACUAAUGUUUCGUAUAUAA